CAAUUUUGGUCGUAUUAUCUGUUGAUACUGUUUUGAGGUAUUAAACUUUACUAAAACUAAAUCUAACAUCAAAAGCUUUGAAAGGACCAGGAAGCCGAAGUGCCCCAGCCCUGACUGAUCAAGUCUACAACACCAUUUUGGGAUGGAACAUGUUCUCUAACAAGGAGACAGCAAGAAAAUCUGCUCAAAGCGUUGCCGUGUAUAUCACUGAUGGUUCCUCGGCUUAUUUCAACAAAUCGACCAACCCGUUGAAGAGCCUUAACGUAAAGAUUGUCACCAUUGGUAUUGGCAGUAGCGUUUCUGUGCCAGGCAUCAAAGCUCAGUCCUCGUCAGCUGAUGACGCUCUACUGACCGCAAGUUUUGACGCCUUGUCUGACCUGAAAAAUAAGACCGUACAAAGGACUUGUGGGGGAAGGUGUUCUGCCUACAGAGAAGUAACGUUUCAAACUUACACCAACUUAACGAACAUGGACUGCUUUAAAAAAUGUUCAGGGAAUCGCCAAUGUUUUUCGUAUGCAUACAAACUUGGCACGAAAUGUGAUCUAAUGUUGAUGUCUGGAGCUGCAGUUGACACAGCUAAUGAUGAAGUGAAUGUGAAUACGUAUAUCAGCUGUGCCUCAAAACCAGAUGACUGUUUGGUGUAUUCUGGGUAUCGUCCUUUAGAGACAACUUUUACAAAUCACAAGGAUUGCUUCAACUCUUGCGUAUCAAAACCUCAAUGUGUGGGAUAUUCCUAUUCCAAACAAUCCAAAUAUUGCGGUCAUUACACCUUAAACGGAACUGUGAUUGACACAAAAACGGACAAAUCAACAUCAGGUUUCCUUCGUUGUUCAAUGCUGUAA